AUGGCUGCAUCCCUGGUGUUCAGACUGCAUGACAGAGGCCCAGAGCUGGUGAGGGAGGUGCUUCUGGAGCGAGGAUGGGAGGAAUACGAUGAAGGAGAGCGCGAGGAGGAAGAUUGGAACCUCUACUGGCGGGGCUCUGCAUUUCGCACCUCAGAAUAUCACAACCUACUGCCAUGGCAACGCCUAAACCACCACCCCAAAACUAUUGGCAUCACACGGAAGGACUGCCUGGCACGCAACCUGAGGAGAAUGAAAGCAGCAUUGGGUUCAUCUCUCUAUGACUUCAGUCCCACCGUCUUCAUCCUCCCCAACGACUACACCCGCUUCCUGGCCGAGUACAACAAACUGCGUCUGGUGAGAGGACCGUACUGGAUAUGUAAACCCGUGGAUCUCUCCAGAGGCAGAGGGAUCUUCAUCUUCGAGGACAUUAGGGACUUGGCCUACGACUGCUCUGUCAUCGUGCAGAGGUACAUUAGCAACCCUUUGCUGAUCUCGGGUUACAAGUUUGAUCUGAGGAUCUACGUGUGCGUCAAGAGCUUUCAUCCACUGACUGUUUACAUUCACCAAGAAGGCCUGGUGCGUUUCUCCACUGAGAAAUACAACCUGUCGUCUCUGCACAACUUGUACGCUCACCUCACCAACACCAGCAUCAAUAAGUUUGGGCCGUUCUACAGAACCGACAAGGGGAAGGUGGGGCAGGGAUGCAAGUGGACCAUGAGCAAGUUCAGACACUUUCUCCACAGCCUAGACAUCAACGAGCUUCUUUUGUGGCAGAGGAUCAGCAACAUCGUCACUCUGACCCUCCUCACCAUCGCUCCGUCCGUCCCCUCGUGUCCGAACUGUGUGGAGCUGUUUGGAUUUGAUAUCCUCAUUGAUGCCAAGUUUAAACCCUGGCUGCUAGAAGUCAACUACAGCCCUGCGCUGACUCUGGACUGCCAAGCGGACAUUACAGUGAAGAAAGGGCUAAUCGGUGAUCUGAUCGAUUUGAUGAACUACACGGCAAUUGACGGCUUAAGAGAGAGAGCUUAUCAGAAACAUCGGUACAAGCAACCUUGUUUCAACACUAACCACGCCUCACAUAUUUCUAUACCUGUGAUUUCCCAGUUAAAAGAGCCCAAACUUCAGAGGAAGAGGAGAGGUAGCAAAGCCCAACAAACUCAGACACUUCCUCUGCUAAAACCUCUUCGCCAGUCGGAAAAGACGAACAAAAGACAGUCUAGACGACAUGCCGACUACCAAAGGCACCUUCCCCCUGUUGAGUUGGACAACAUAUACGCAGUCCGGGGUAGAGUGAUUAACACUCCAAAGACCCACACCGACCAGACCCUGAACCUGAUACUCGGCCCACAUUCAAGGACAAACGUGUCAGCGGUAAACAGGCAGACGCGUCCAGCUCUUGCAUCGAACCUGACACACAACAGGAGUCUUCACGUGUCUGAGGUUACAAACCAUGACAACACUGAAACAGAAGCUGAGAUCUCAGGAGAAGCAGACGCUUCCUCUUCGAUACCUGACACCCAGCAGAGGAGGCUGGGACUCAGACGCUCUGCUGUGGCCUGGAAGCUCCCAAACAUUUACAGUGGGAGUCAAAGGCCAGUAAGGAUCCCUGUGGAAGAAAACACAGCGCUGAAUGGACAACACAUUCCUCCGCUCAGGGUCGGUGACUUCAUACGGACAUUCCCAUUCAACAGAGCCACUCUGAAAGCCUCACAACAUAAACUAGACGUCACAGCAAUCAUACAGGAGCUUCACAAACUGACUGGACAGCUGGCUUUAGGCCGUUUGGACAAGACAAAGAGGAGGAGAGAGGAAGAGGUGAAGAAGAACACGGAGGGUGAAGAUGACUUUGAUUCACUGUUGUGGGGGCCAAAAGAUCCUCCACUGCUCAUAGAACUCAUAGAAAAUAGACAAAAAAUCAAGGAAUAGAC